AUGUUUAGCUUUAUUCCGUUCAAAACAACGUCAACGAUUGAACAAACAAGUGAGUCUUCUUUAGUUUUUAGUCGCCACUUGCCUAGUAAGCGUCUUUUCGAUCCCCUCAUAUCCAGUGAAACAGGUUAUGCGGUGAGCGCAUCCUGUGAUUCAGUUGAGAAGGCGGUUGGCGAAAAGGCUUCUAGGCGUAUAUUCUACUUCAAUGAAAUACGGGAACGUUUUCUUGCUUGGGAGGUGCCUCCUGAACGACAGGCGGAAAUUUUGAGAAAAAAGCUGUUUGUUGCCGCUAAAACCCCAAAGCAGAUCCUUCACCUAGUUGACCUCAUUCUCAUGCUCUUCAACCACUGUCAAUCUGGUUUCUCCGAUACCUUAAUGGAAUCGAAGUCGAUAGAGCAGUUGAUAACAUCGCUUGUUCUGCUUAAAAGUUGUUCGAAUGCGGCCAAAAAGCUUGCAUGGUUAAUUAAGCUCUUAAUUUCCUCUUCUGAGAGCCUAAGCAAAAUACCUGUUUAUACAGAAGAAGUCAGUAAGGUGGAGAUGGAUGCAUUUCGUCGUGACUCAUGGGUUCCAGAAAUGUCUUUGCAUGAUUACCACGAGCUGGAAAAUUCGAUCAUCGAGAAAUAUGGAAAUGCAGAUAAGAUUGCUCAUAUCAUAGAAACCGUCGAUAAAUCCGAUGAUAUAAAGAUGAUAGAGAAACAACGAAGUGAAGUAAAAGAAGUGGAGUGCUGCCUUAUGCGCGAUGGGAAUUUUCUACAGGAAAUUAGAAACUCGUUCUAUAUAUCUGAAUGGCCCAAAUACCAACUAACAAGAAUGUUAGAUCAGAUUCGCCGUGCGUUGUCCACCAUCGACUGCCUACUGGGAUUGGAGGCGUACGAAGCGAAGAAAAGGGAAGUCGUUGAGAAGUACACAACGACACGUGAACUUGAACAAAUUAUCUCGGUUAUCGACACCACUGCUGAUGUAGAGGUAUUGCAGCAACAAUAUGCUGCCGCUCAAGAACUCCAACAGCGCCUCAUCGAAGAUGCGGCUGUUUUAAGGGAUUUCCAAAGGCAACUUUGUCCCACGGCAUCACCCGAGAAUCCGUUAGAAAGUCUUCAAACUCAGACAAACACCACAUUCACUGCUAUCGAAAACUUGAUGGAACGACCCAACUCCGGUUGUGAAUUGUCCGAGUACAAAAUGAAUACUGAGGUAUGUUUGGGUGAUUUCAGUGCUAUUGCAUUUGUAAGUGCUUUAAAAAGAGUUUUUUCCCACCACCAAAGCCAAUUGGACACAAUAUGGGGAAAUGAGUUUGUUCUGUCUGAGUGUACCCUACUAUUUCACUUUUAG